AUGUCCGCAGACGGAACAGCUCCGCAAGCAGAGGUGUCAGUAUUCUCUACUAUCUCAUCAGCGCAACCAAAGCAAGCCUUAAGCUUACACAAAUACCUGUCUAGGGCCUCAAUCGCCACCCCCAUAAACCUUCUCCUCUUCUCCGUCUUCGCCCUCCUCGUCUACACGCAGCUUCGCCCUAAGCCUCCCGCCGUGCUCCCCAAGGCCCCCGCUCCCGUUGUCUUCCGCACCUUCACACCAAAAACACUUCUUCCCUUCAACGGUGAGAACGGCCAGCCCGUCUACCUUGCCGUGCGCGGGCGCGUGUUUGAUGUUUCGCCUGGACGGAACUUCUAUGGGCCGGGCGGACCCUACGAGAACUUCGCUGGCCGCGACGCAUCCCGUGGCUUGGCCCACCAGAGUUUCGAUAGGGAGAUGCUCACAGAGGACCUGUCGGGACCGUUGGAUGAUCUCAAGGAUCUGAAUGCGGACCAGUUGGAGAAUUUGCAGAGCUGGGAGGAGCGCUUCUCGGAGAAGUACCUUGUUGUCGGGAAGUUGGUUGCUGAGGGGGAUGCGGAAGCGCCCAAGUCUUGA